UUUUAGUUUGACUUUUGACAAGAAUAAUUUACAAUUUAUAAACGAAUACAUGAUAUUAUUUUAGCGUUGGAAUUCCAAAAUUUGUUUAGAAAUGUGCAGUUAAAUAAAUUGGGUAAUACUAGAAGAUGGUUUUAAGACACUCAAACAUUCCAAUAAACCUUUGAAUAAAAAACUACAGUAUAACUAUACGUGACAUAAAAAUCAAUAAUGCUGCCGGGAAUUGGUGUUUUUGGAACUGGUGCGAUUGCCAAGGUUCUGGUACCUUUCCUCAGAGAGAAGGGUUUUCCAGUGGAAGCGAUAUGGGGCGUGACACUACAGGAAGCCGAAACUGCUGCCAAGGAACUGAAAAUACCGUUUUUCACAAACAAAAUCGACGACGUGUUAUUAAAAAAUGUCAGUUUAGUUUUUAUUGUGUGUGCUCCAAACCUUCACGCGCAGAUCUCUGUUAAAGCACUGGGCAUAGGAAAACAUGUAGUGUGUGAUAAACCGGCCGGGCUCUGUCAAGCAGAAGCUUUAAAAAUGGUCCGGGCUGCUCAGUACUACCCCACUUUAAUCUCAAUUGUCAAUCACUCGCUUAGGUUCUUGCCAGCAUUCAGUCAUAUGAGGAAAUGUAUUCAGGAUGGCUAUCUUGGUAACCCAGAUGAGUUAACACUUGUCGAUGUAAGAGUACAAAUGGGUCCGUUAGUUGGGGACACUUAUAACUGGUUAUGUGAUGACACAAUGGGUGGGGGAACACUCACAUUAGUGGGCAGUCAUGUAAUAGACUUAGUAACAUUCCUGACAGGCCAGAAAGUGGUCAAAGUCCAUGGUGUACUUAGAACAUUUGUUGAAGAGACUGCCAAAGUUAAUGGUAUAAGAAAAAUAACAGCACCUGAUUUUUGUACUUUCCAACUGCAAAUGGACAAAGGUAUUUUAGUGACGGCCACACUAAACAACCAUUUGCCAGGGCCAUGCUUUAACCAAGAGAUAUAUGUUUGCAGUAAAAAAGGAUAUUUGGUUGUGAGAGGUGGAGAUUUACAUGGGAAACUACAUAAGCCUAAUUCAACAAAAAAUUUCCCUGAAGAAGAGAGUAAAAGACAUGACAAAGAAGAUGUCAUUUAUGUGGAUAUUGAGGAUCUCAGUUGUGCCUCCAGUGUUGUCCCAAAACCGUAUAUCAAAGGACUUUGUAAAAUGAUUAGUGCAUUGAAAGAGGCAUUUUUGCCUGUGAGAGAACAAAUGGAUUGGGUGAAGGAGCCUGUCAAGGCAGCAGCUACAUUUGAAGAUGGUCAGAGAGUUCAGGCUACUAUGGAGGCUUUAAGGCAAUCAAAUGAGGAUGGGUGUUGGAUAUCCGUUCAGUUAUUGACAGAGCCACCUGACCCAAACCCAGCGUUGUCGGCUGCAGUGAGACGCACGGCCAUAUCUUUACAAUAGUUAAUGCGUUUUAUGAUUUAAUGUAUUGAUAUGCCAUUAUAAUGUACCUUUGUAUUGUUAACACAAUAGCUUGUUUGAAUAUAAUUAAAAUGCUAAGGCUUUGUCUCUGUUCCCUGUUACAGUAUUAAUUAAUUUGUUAUAUGCAUUCCGCACAUAGUUUAUGCCAUAAUAUAAGCAGUCACUGUGAUUUAAGAUCUGACCUUGAUACUGCUUGCCGUUUCAAGUUUCCUUAAGAACAGUAUAUAGCAUUGUUAAGAUUGAAGAGAUAUUAUUUUACAAUAAAAUAUAAUCAUUCUUUAGUAUUUUUAAAAUGAGUUUUUUAUUAAAACAAUAUACAGAUUGUUUACUUUCUCAUUUGUGGUCUCUCAUCUUGUUUCAAGUAUGAUUUUCAAAAGUGUUAUCACAGUGGAUUUAGUUUUCAGGCCAUAUUUCCAUGUGACUGUAUCUUGUACAAAUACUUUACGAUGAUAAUGAAUAAAGUACUGAUAAAUUUUAA